AUGCUUUAUAAUUUCGCUCCUCUGCAGUCGGGGCCCCUGGCAAAGCGAAGGAAAGUGCGACGAGCAUGCGAAUUCUGUCGCGAGCACCGUGUCCGCUGCGAUGGCAUGUUGCCAUGUUCACAGUGUAUGGCAAACAAGGUCAAGUGUGUCAAGCCUAAUCCCUUGCACCUCUUAUCGGCGCCUCGUUCGGCUAGACCACAGCAUAUCCGCCCAUCUGUGCUCUCCUGUACUCCAACUCCCCAGUCAGUGGCCUCGCCCGCUCUGGUUGAUUUACCAAGGGACCCGACUCAUGUAGUCGCCCGCCAUCCGGACUGUCUCACAGGCUUUAUCUCGCGGAUCAACUCAUUUUGCUCUGUAGUCUCACAAAUCUCGACACAAACAUCUCCAGACUCUAAUGUAGUAAUCUCUGCUGAGACCUCAUAUUCGACUCCGGAUUUGAUUCAAGAUGCAGAACAGACCGCUGCGCGACCGAGCCCAUCAGACUUGCCAGACCUUCGAGAAAGACUUUCAGAAAUCUUUUGGGCUCGUUACCUGCCAUUAAUACCGAUUUUGACUCAAACAGACGUACUGGAUGUUAAGCCAGACCGAAAGCGAGAGCCUUUGCAAAACGCUCUGAUGGCGUACUGUCUGCAAUCAAUCUUUCAUGCUGGACUCCAUGAUCGACUUUUGGGCAUCAGUGCAGGAAUUAGUCAUGCCCAAGAACCCUCUUCCGACAAACGGCAGAGCCCCCUUGUGGCUUUAUUUGUCUCCUACUUCCAGAAAGCCUUGGCGGCAAACAGUCACUACCUCCUAUAUGCCGAACCAUCUGUGUCGGACGUCCAGCGCCAUAUUCUGAUGGCCUUAUUCCUGCUGAACUCUGGGGAGGUACUGGCCGCAUAUAACAUUAUAGGGGCGGCUGUACGACUUGCACAGUCGCUCGACCUGCAUAAACUACCGACACCCCCUGUUAUGGCGAAAGAGGCAGAUAUCUGGGGCCGCGUAUGGUGGAUGUUAGUUCAUCUCGAUUUUCGCUGCUCGAGAUAUCUGGGUAAACCCAUGGCUGUUUCUCUUAGAGACACUGCACUUCCUUUGCCCAAUUAUCAUCCCUCCGUUGACCAGAAAACCUCGGAGUUGGUCUUUCACUCAGCCACGAUCACGCUAACAGUGGUUGGCAAAGGAGUUGCCGAAUCGUUGGCGGCUCGCCACGAUAAAAUUAAUGGGAAUAACUUCGUUCCACAAAUCGAGUUGUCUGCGGAACAUCUCACUCAUGAAAUCGGUCCCUUGUUCGAAUGGAGAGAUCUUAUCGUAAAGGUGGACCCAUUCAAGAACUUGAUGCUUGACGGCAGUGUCAAUCACCCUCAGACACACCCAGCUGAGGGAAGAUUUCAAUAUCGUGAUGAUGCGUGGGUGUACGAUCAACCAUUCACUCGCACCUUAGAGCAAACACUGCUCGAACUCCAAUUUCAUGACAUUGUCAUUUGGUUUCAUCGCCCAUUCAUACAAUUUCCCAAUCAUGGCCUGGUCCCUCAACGCAGCCCACGAGCUGACAUUCAUGCGACAACAGCUCUACAACAUGCUCUGAAAGUCACCGAGAUUGUCCACCGGCGCAUGCUCAACCACGAUGCUCUUCAUGGAUGCUCCGACGUAUAUCAAUACGUCUGGAAUGCAGUCCUGACUCUCAUAGGCUUUCUAUUGGCUUAUCCUUUAUGCUACUGGUGCCCCGUCGCUCGAAAACACCUCGAGCUAUCCUGCCAAGUUUUUGACUCUGCCAAAACCUCAAACCCCUGUGCAUCUCGGGCUACCCACCUGACUCGUUACCUCCUCGGUCGCGUAGAUGCUCUCAUAGAAGUACUUAAUGCGCAAGCUUCUGCAUCUAAUUCGCAUGCCCAUUCGCCGGCUCGCGAGAAAGUUGCAGAAAGUCGGGAUCGAGUGGAAUUGGAGCAGUUCUCCGAGCCUGACUUACCUACCUCUGGGGCGGAUGCUUUAUGGUCCUGGGCUGAAACGGUAGACCCCAAGGCUUGGUCGGGGUACUGCGAUGAAAUCAAUGAUCUAUUAACAGCUUUCCCUGAGAUACCUCCAGGUACGGACUAUUUUCCUCUUUAA